AUGACAGGUCCCCCUGGUCCUCUUGGCAACCAGGGCUUCCAGGGGCCUUCAGGGCGACCUGGUGAUGCAGGCAUCCAGGGACAGAAGGGGCAGAAAGGUGACCGUGGACAUGGCGGCAACAUCGGUCCUAAAGGAAAUGUGGGUAUGACCGGAGUUCCGGGGUUUUCUGGAAAUGAUGGCAUUCCGGGACACCCGGGACAAGCCGGCCCCAGAGGAAAACCAGGCGCUGACGGCUGUAACGGGACAAAUGGAGAUUCAGGCUCACCGGGGCAACCGGGUUAUAACGGCUUACCUGGUUAUCAGGGACAAUCAGGCAGGAAGGGAGAGAAGGGAGAUUCUCUGGAGCUGAGUGUGUUCAUGGAGCGUUUCAGGGGAGAUCCAGGCAGACCGGGGGGAAACGGUAUAAUUGGGCCACAAGGAAACUCAGGAUGGCAGGGUAACAGAGGCAUCGCAGGACCAAAGGGUCCCCCAGGGCCUCCAGGUCCCCGAGGACCGAAGGGCACCAUGACCACAGUGCUCAAGGGACUUAAAGGGAGCCAGGGGGACAUCGGACAACCGGGGGAACCAGGAAACUCAUCUACUCAUCCGUUGAUUCAGCCCGCUUCGAUACCUACUGGGCCUCAAGGGGAGAAAGGUCAGAAAGGAGAAAUAGGAGAUCUGGCGGACAACAAAGGAGAGACUGGCAUAAAGGGGAUACCAGGAUCACGGGGCUUUCCUGGUGCAGAUGGGAGACCUGGACCAAGGGGUGAUCUUGGUGAUCAAGGACCAAAAGGCAGAGAUGGUCAGAAGGGAAUCAGAGGAGAUGCAGGAGAACUGAUUCCAUCUGGGAACUGGCCAUGGUCAUCAGGAGGUAAGUCAUAACUACUAAGAAAAGAGACCAGGCAAUAAAAAGAGAA